AAAUACUUGAUACCAAAGUCCAACAACAUUUAUAAGUUUUUCUACUCGUGAUCCUCGAUGUUGUGCUUCGAUAAAAUGUCUGGAAAAAAUGUGAAUCGUUCAUUAGUGAUCAUUAUAGGCUAAGAAUGAUCAGUCAAACAAAAUUGAAGCAAAAGUUCUGGGAUGUGCUGCACUUUCUGUGUUACGAUCCGAAACGGCUGGUGAGGAUAAUAGUGCUCAGCAUUUGCAGCGUCGUUGUGAUCUUCCAGCUAACGGAAUGCUUCCACAAAUUGAUAAAUCCACCCAUCACGACCCAUUCGAGAUUCGACCUGAACGAGUCGAUGUCCUACCCAGCGAUCACCUUCUGCCGGAAUCCGCCGUACAAAUUCGACGUUAUGGAACGGUACAAUCUGUCGCAGCAUCCAAAGUAUGCGAAUGCUUUCAAUAAGUUCGACUUUAGCCAAGCGUCGCUGGACGACCUUUUUCGGGAUGCAACGUACAACGAAAGUGAAUUCUUCAUACAGUAUGGAUUGGAUGGAUUGACCGAAAAUGUCGAAGUAAUUAGUAGUAUGCAUCUGGAUAUGGGGCAGUGUUUCACAUUGAACCCAUUGACAACGACAACUCACUCAUGGAAGGACGUCGGAUUUUCCAUUCUAUUGCAGCAUGACAUCAGGGACGAUGUAUACUAUCUAGGUGAAGACCUACCCGGGUGGCACAUUUUUAUCCAUGAUCCUGUUGAAGGUUUUGCAGAAAAUCGCAUGCAAUCGUCCGGCCGCGUUGAAUAUCUUUUCAUGGAGGUAGACGAAGAGAUCGAAAUUAAGCUAACCACACAGCAUUUUUACAUGCUUCCGAGUGCGGAAAAUAUGUGCACCACCGAAAACGAAAUGAGCUCCACUAGGUGUAGCGAGCUCUGCCACUGGCACCACGUGGUCAACAUAGUUGGCUGUACGGGUCCCUGGAUGCCGGACAUCGAGCAGGAACUGUGUGACACGGCCAACGAGACACAGCAGUUGAUCAAGCACUACAAACGGUUGGAAGAUCUGGACAGUCGCGUGUGCGGAUGUUUUCAACCGUGCUCAACGACCAUCUUUACGGCGUACGUUAUGAAUAGGAAGCACUACCGGAUCAACGUCCCGUCCGGGCAAGUUUGGCUGUAUUACACCUCGAAAAUGGUUACGAUCGUCGAAGAGUUCCACGGAUACGACCUGACCCAGUUCGUUGCUGAUUUGGGCGGAUCGCUUGGCUUCCUGUUGGGCCUGUCGGUUCUGGGACUGAUCGGACUGUUGGAGAAGAUCGUUGCGCUGCUAUUCAUUCGCAAUCUGAUAGCCGAGAAGCGAAAUAGAACUGGCGAUGGCAGUGGGACGAUAGAUGCCAAGCAGCAACUAGAGAAGGAAAAAUCCAACGAGCUGAGCCAAAACUACACCAGCAUUACGGAGUGCAGUGACACAACGCUGGCAGUUGCAAAUGUCAAAAAAUAGUGAUUAAAUUAGGCGUAUCAUUGUCGCAACAUGUCUAGCAUUUAGUUUUUAACGUUUAGUUGGAGAAUAAAAAUGACCCCCUGUAAUAAAAAUUAUCUGAUCAAAUGGUCCCGAACAGGACUCAUCCGA